AUGGGUGAUAGUGAAUGUCUGAUGACUCGUCAUGUUGCUUCUGAUCUUCUACGAAGGCUAGUCGUGUCGGAAACCCAAACGGUGUCUUCAAUCCCAGUGAUCACUUCAACUGGAAAGGAUGUGAUGAAUUAUCCGUUUUUCAAAAGGUGCAUCCAGCAGACUGCGGAAUUGCUGGUGACACUCGAUCCGAGGUUUGAAGAAACUCUGAAGGAAAAACUCGACGCUGGUGAACAUAUAGGUGAUCUAAUAAGUCCUGAUCAAAUAUUGUCUUUGGUUGAUACAGCCGUGAAGACUUCAGUCGAGACAUCGAAGCCAGAGAUUGUAUAUCAGUGUAGACUUAUCACAGAGGGGCUUCGACUAGCAGAAGUGUGCACUGCUGACGAGGAUCUUCGAAAUGGGUUGUUGGAAGUUACAACUGCAGCUUUAUGUGCUCAUAUCUCCGAGACGCAACUCAUAACAAAUCCUGUCGUGGUUUUCAUGGAAAAACCUCCGUCUCAGCGAACAGAAAAGACUGCUGAAUGGGGUGUUCAUGGUGUAGCGGUGGUUCUGGAAUUGCUGCGACUACUCGCUUCUCUCAAAGACUUUUCCAAGCUUCACAAGGAUCAGUACUGGAGAUCAUUGAAGGAUCCUCGCCUUAUAUCGUUUCUUGCCUUUGCACUCGCAUACGGUGACCACGAAAUGGUACAUAACGCACUGGUUAUUUAUACGCAUUGCUCGCAAUUGCAGGCUUUUCCAAGUCGAUGGUCAAGAAGCUGUGAACCGAUGGAUACAGCAGCUGCAGUACCUGCUGUGGUAGUGUCGCCCAGGAGAAGCUCCAAAGAAAAUGAACGUGUAUUGGACGAAGUUCUUCAGAGGAUAAGAGAUGGAUUUAGUGUGAAGGAUGCAAAGAUAUCAGAUGUUUUAUCUGCGUACGAGAAGAAGAUACUGUUAAUGGAGCGAAGAGAACGAGAAUUGGAGUUGUUGCUAUCAGCUAAAGAUCAAGCGCUAGCUCAGAGCGAGAAGCUGCGCAUCCAAUUUCGAGGAGCAGGAAGUAACAACAAUGACAUGGCUCGAGUCCGGUCACUGGUAUCAGAUUGUGAAGCCUUGCGAGAAAAGAAUGAAGCCGUUACCAAGGAGCUGGAAGCAACACGACAGUUACUGCAAGAGAAAACUGCCACG